AUGAUCCGUCCAUACUUCUUGACUCCCGAGGAGGAGCGGAAGACGCCUGAACCUCUAGAGCCGUUCUGGGACGAGGUAGUUUCGACUGCCGGUGCCAUGCGCUACGAUAGUAAAGGGCAGGAUCGAUUGAUUCAGCUCAUGUGCAAUUUGAGUCGGCUUCCGCCGCUCAAAGUCGCUGAUUACGGGGCAUAUCUAUCAUAUCUAUGGACAAGUUUCCCUGAGUUGGGGAAGGUAAUGUAUGAUGAUGACCGGUGUCCCAAAGAGCUUGCCUCGGAGCCGAAAGAUGAUCAAUGGAUCGCGUACGACCUCAACUUCAAUUCCUUCAUGGCUAGGGUUCUCGGAAAUCAGCUGCGGCCGUGGAAACAGUUCGGCAUCUGGCAACUGCGGUCGGCGCUUGAGUAUCCCCAUGUGAACCCCCGUCUCGUCGAUCACCAUCUUGCGAUCGUGCGCGAAUGGAUUUUCCAUGCGGGCUGCGAGCUGUAUCGCCAGCGAUGCGAAGGCGUCCUCGACCCGGAUGAGGCCUGUCGCACACAGCCGGGGCCUCUCUACCGUGGUAGGGCGGAUAUUCCCCGCGAGCGGUGGAUCUUCUGGAAAGAACGCAUACCGGAACUAGCGAAAUUCGCCUCCGAUGACUUUCAGGAGAUCGCGGCGGCCCUGGUGGAUCGGAUGAACAAGAUUGAGGAGGAUCUACAGAAUAUCCCAUUGUCGAAAAAGACAAACCUGUGUUGGUGA